CCCUAAUUAGGAAACUCACUCUGCCAUGGAAAUGGCGCAGGUUAGCGAUUCUCGGUCAUUCACGGCGGAAACAACAACCCGAACCCAGCUUCCCACUCUUCCCUUUGAUGUCCUGCCUGAGAUUCUGUUUAGGUUACCUGUCAAAUUACUCGUACAGCUUCGGUGCCUUUGUAAGUUUUUCAAUUCUCUUAUUUCUGAUCCUAAAUUCGCAAAGAAACACCUUCAAUUGUCAACAAAGCGCCACCACCUCAUGCGAAAAUGUCGUAACAUAUCACGUGAGUUAGUUCUGUAUGAUUCGCCAAUCCCAUCCGUAUUUUCUACUUCAACCGUUGUUACACAGACACAACUUUACCCUCCUAAUGGAGAUACCUACACAUCAGUGAAGUGCUCUUGCGAUGGCAUAUUUUGUGGUAAGCUCAAUAAUGGUUCUUAUUUCUUGUGGAACCCUUCCAUUAGAAAAUUUCAGCUAUUGCCUCCUUUGAAAAAUCCAUACGAAGAUUACUUUUCCAUAAGCUUUGGGUAUGAUCAUUCUAUUGAUAACUACAAGGUCAUUCUUGUUUCUGACAAAAACGAAGUUAGUGUUAAUACUUUGGGGACUGAUUAUUGGACAAGAAUGCAGGACAUCCCAUAUUCUUACGGCAUUUGUAGACGGGGAGUAUUUGUGAGUGGCACUCUUAAUUGGUUGGCCCUUGAUGAUUCAAAAAUUCUUUCUCUUGAUUUAAAGAAGGAGUCAUAUCAACUGCUUUUGCUACCUGAUUACAAGUGUCAUUCGUGGAUCUUCUUGGAUGUAGUGAGGGAUUGCUUGUGUAUCUCUGCAGCUAGUGAUAUGUUUAUGGAUGUUUGGAUUAUGAAACACUAUGGAAAUAAAGAGUCUUGGACUAAAUUGUACACUGUUCCUAACAUGCAAGAUCGGGGUUUAGAAGCCUACAAUGCUUUAUACAUUUCUGAGGAUGACCAACUGUUGGUCGAGUGUCUUGAGAUUGAAAGUGACAAUGAUAAGUUGGUUGUUUACGAUUCCAAAACUGGUACUUCGAAUAUUCCUGAGUUUCAAAACAAAUAUGACCUGAUAUACUCAAAUGUCUACAUUGAGAGUUUGAUAUCACCUUAAGCUGGGAUUCAACUCCAACAUAUAUAUGGUUGAUUGUGUUUGUUCGUUUCAGUUGAAGGGUUAUUCGCAGGCUGGCUGAGUUGCUUAUGUUCAUUUUGUGGUCUGGAGCCUUGCUGAAGAUGGUGGUGAAAAGGGGUAAUAGUUCUAGUGUUGUCGAAUUCCUAAGUUCAGUUUAAUUAUUUCUUGUGGAGUCAAACUAGAUGAGAUGAAAAAACUAUAUGUUCUGUAUAAUUAGGAAAAACUUGUCUCCCACUUUUUUAUUGUAUGUUUGUAUGAAAAAUACAAUCUUGAAAGUCUAUGUUUCAUUGUGUUA